AUGAGCCUCACUCGAGCACGCUCCAACCUGCUGUCGGCGCUGCUGUUGGCGCUCUCAGCCUGCGUAGCAAUCAGGGCCUUCGUGCCGCCAGCCCAGCCAAACGCAGCGCCGGCCCUCCGCGCUUCUGCAGCAGCAGUCCUGGCCGCCUCCACUGCUCUGCCAGCCGGUGCUGCGGAUGAGUACCUGAACUACAACAUGACAGGUGAAUUCACCCCUUUCAUGAUCAUCGGGUACUUUGGCCUUACCACUUUCCUCACGGCCUUUGCCUUCGGCUCGUACCUCAUCCUGACCAAGCUGAAGAUCAUUUGA